AUGGAACAACAGCAAUUACUACUGCAAUCAGUGACAAGAACUGAUGUGGAAAAAGCUGUACAUGAUUUGCCUAUUGAUAAAGCUCCAGGGGUAGAUAGAGCAGAAGUGACAACAGCAGUACUACAGUUCUUUAGCAUAGGCAAGCUGCUUAAGCGUGUUAAUACUACAACUGUGACAUUAGUUCCUAAGGUCUCAGGCCCUAAUUAUGUGAAGGAGUAUAGACCAACAGCUUGCUGUUCAACUGUCUACAAGAUAAUAUCUAAGAUCAUAACUGCUAAACUUAAGGAGACACAGAAAGGGGUUUCAGCAAGGUGCAUUAUCAAAGUAGAUAUUAGAAAGGCUUAUGAUUCCGUGGAGUGGCCUUUCUUGAAGAUGCUUCUCCUAGAAUUUGGUUUCCCUUGUGUACUAGUUGAACUGAUAAUGGAGUGUGUGACAACAAUUUCAUAUUCUCUGCUUAUCAAUGGAGGCUUAACACCUGCUUUUAAAGCUAAGAAAGGUUUGAGACAAGAAGACCCAAUGGCAGAUGCAACUUCCAUUCACCUGUUAUUCCAAGCUUUCCAACAUUUUUCUAAUGUCUUUGGGCUUCAUGCCAAUAUGGGAAAAAGUAGCUUGUAUAUUGCUGCGGUGACUAAUUUAUUCAAGGCUCAGAUUCUAGAGGAGUUGCACUUGACUGCUGGUGAAUUGCCAUUCAAAUACUUAGGAGCACCAUUGUCUAAUAGGAUAUUGACUGUUAACCAGUGCUUGCCUUUAGUGGAGAGGAUGAUUGCAAGAGUUAAAGUUGGUCUCCUAAAUUCUUAUCCUAUAGUGGCAGACUUCAUUUGUAGGACUUUCUUAUGGACAAGAAGCAAUAAUUGUUCCAAGAAGGCCCUUGUAGCUUGGGAUAUGAUAUGCAGACCAAAAUCAGCUGGGGGAUUAAAUGUGCUAGAUUUACUAACCUGGAACAAAGCUACCAUUAGCAAGUUAUUAUGGGCAUUGGCUAUGAAAAAGGAUAAACUCUGGCUUUUGUGGAUUCAUUCCUUUUAUAUUAAGAGGCAAAAUCUUACUACCAUGCGAGUACCAAAACAACCUUGCGGGAUAGUUAGAAAGAUAUUUAAGGCUAGGAAAUGGAUUCAGGGACAAGCAGAUAUAGUUCAAGCUUUGCAACCUAUGAUAUCUCAAGGGAAAUACAGUAUCAAGAAAGCUUAUGGGGUUAUGCUUCCUCAAUAA